AUGGCUCUGGCGAUGCUUCGGGACUGGUGCAGGUGGAUGGGUGCGAACGCAGAGCGCUCUCUGCUCAUCCUGGGUAUCCCUGACGACUGCAAGGAACAUGAGUUCCAGGAGGCCGUGCGGGCUGCCCUGUCGCCCCUGGGCAGGUACCGAGUACUCACCAAGCACUUCAGAAAGGAGCUCGGGGCCAAAGCAGCCUUGGUGGAGUUCGCUGAGUAUUUAAACCGAAGCUUGAUUCCCCAUCAAAUACCAGGCAAUGGGGGGCCCUGGAAAGUGAUCUCACUGCCCCAAGUACCUGAUGUUGAGUUUCAGGAUAUGCCCAGUUUUCCUGCACAGCCCCAGGGUCAAGCAGUAGCAAAAGCUGCAGGUGAGGCAGGAGCAGCAGGUGAGGGAGGAGCAGCAGGUGAGGCAGGAGCAGCAGGUGAGGCAGGAGGAGCAGGUGAGGCAGGAGGAGCAGCAGGUGAGGCAGGAGCAGCAGGUGAGGCAGGAGGAGCAGCAGGUGAGGCAGGAGGAGCAGGUGAGGCAGGAGGAGCAGGUGAGGCAGGAGGAGCAGGUGAGGGAGGAGCAGCAGGUGAGGCAGGAGGAGCAGCAGGUGAGGCAGGAGGAGCAGCAGGUGAGGCAGGAGGAGCAGGUGAGGCAGGAGGAGCAGGUGAGGCAGGAGGAGCAGGUGAGGGAGGAGCAGCAGGUGAGGCAGGAGGAGCAGCAGGUGAGGCAGGAGGAGCAGGUGAGGCAGGAGGAGCAGGUGAGGCAGGAGGAGCAGGUGAGGGAGGAGGAGCAGGUGAGGGAGGAGCAGCAGGUGAGGCAGGAGGCGCAGGUGAGGCAGGAGGAGCAGCAGGUGAGGCAGGAGCAGCAGGUGAGGCAGGAGCUGUGGGUGAGGCAGGACCUGUAGGUGAGGCAGGAGCUGUGGGUGAGGCAGGAGGGACAAAUGUAACAAGAGCCUGGGUCCAGCAUUGGCGCUGCACCCUGCAGGCUGUGCUGGAAAACAGGGCCUACCGGAAACUGAGACCCUUUUCCGGGAGGGAGCAGCCAGGCUUCGAUGAAGAGUCCUUUGAGAGCUGGGUGGAGCAUGCCAAGGAUAUGCUGCAGCUGUGGCACCAUGCGUCGGAAAGGGAGAAGAAGAGGCGGCUGCUGGAGAGCUUGGGUGGUCCAGCCCUGGACAUCGUGAGCGGCCUCCUGGAGGAAGAUCCUAACUUGUCCGCGCUGGACUGCCUGGCGGCGCUGGGGCAGGUAUUUAGGAACCGGGACACUCGAAUGACUUCGAGGCUGAAGUUCCUGACCUGCACGCAGGGGCCCCAGGAAGGGCUGUUUGCCUUCGUGGUGCGCCUGGAAGGCCUGCUGCAGAGGGCUGUGGAGAAGGGGGCCGUCUGCCCAGCCUUGGCCAACUACCUGCGACUACGGCAGGUGCUGUCUCGGGCCCGCCCCAGCGAGGCACUCCAGGAUACCCUGAGGAGGAUGCAGCUGGAGAGGAGGCCACCCGGCUUCCUGAGGCUGCUGCGGCUCAUCCAGGACAUGGAGGCGUGGGCAGCCUCCCCAGUGAGGAGCCAGCAGGGUGUGGCCUGGGCAGCGGCCCCAGUGGAGAGUGAAGACCCAGCUGCUGCCCAGGCCUCCCCAGCCCAGGGGGAUGCCAGCGAAGCUGAUCCCGGAGCAGAAGAUGCUGCCGAGGCCGCUUCUGCCACCAAAGAGGCUGCAAGGGGAGCCCAUGCCGCUGGGGAAGGUGAAAGUGCCCCUGCAGGCCCCGAAGGCCUAGGUCAGGCAAGGCCCAUAGAGGUCCCCUGGGGCUCCUCCCCAGCCCGGAUGAGCAGUGCUGUCAGAGUGUUCCCGGGAGGUCUUAGCUGGGGUCCAGCGGGCCUCAUCCAGGUGAGAGGCCAGAAAGCCAGGAAACCCCCACUGGAGGGGCUCCAGACCAUCUUGGAGGAGCCCGAAGACGAGGAUGAGGACGGGGCCGUGGACGCGGGCCAGCCCAAGUCCUCCCAGGGCAAAUAG